CGUGCGAUUCCAUUCUGAUUAAUCGUCAAUAUGAAUAUGUCUUUAUCGCGAAUUUGAUAAGAUAUAGGGUCAUAGAUGAGAGCAUUUUUGGUCGGAAAAUUCAAUAGGAACUGUCUUCAUGUUAUUUAACUGCAUUAAAACCAUUUUUGAUUAUUCUUCACGUUCACGUUUACAAAUGAAAAUGUCUAUACAAUAUGCGGUAUUAUUGGUUUUAUUCUUGGUUUUCCGCCUAGGAGUAAAUGGUGCCGUAGCAGUAGGCAAUAGAAUAAAUGAUGGAUUAAUAACAGAACAGGGAAUGUCAGAGCAGGCGGAUAUUCAGUUGGAAAAAGAGCUUGAAGUAAAUACCACAGAAAAAUGGGAAAUGGCUGAAGCGGACACCGACACGGAACAGAGAAAAAAAGACACAAUGGCCGAAAUCCAAAAACGCCAAGUAGAGCUGGUAGAAAGGGAGCAGAAAGUAGCACAGAGAGAGAACAAGGUGGCAGAGAGAGAAGCCGAGGUAGAGCAAAAGGAAAAUCAUAUACCUGAUAUGAAGGCCGUAGCUGAGAAAUGGGAGGUGAUACAAGAAAUAUUGGAUGACUGGGAUCGCUGGACAAAUUAGUGUAACAGGAAUGAAUACAAUUUCUGAGGUAGAAUGCAUUAAGCAAGAGGUAAUACUUCCAAGGAUCUGUCUUAGGCACGCUAUUUUUUAUAAUAUUUUAUCAAUGAUUAUUAGCGCAUUAUUUUAGCUGUAGCCUUACACAAUUUUCUGAUGAACAACUGCCAUCAAUAGAUAAGCUGCAGUGGGGUAAGUCCAGAUGUAAAGAGCCACCUAUAGCGGUACUAGACCUUAAAGUACACUGAUUUCUUUUUGGUGAAAAAACUUGGGAGCUGUCAGAUAUCGUCAGAAGUACUCCUCGGGUAUCGUACUUCGUUCAACUUCUAUUCAUCUCCCCAAUGUUUUGCCGGUGUGGUGAUUUGUUGAUUUGCUGAUAAUCUUCCCUGACACUGGUUUUUUAAAUUCAACUAAUUCAAAUUUUUGAUGUUAAAUAUUUUUUUCACAAAUACAGCCUAAUAAUAAUAAUGGUUCAAAUGAACUUACAUGAUGUUGAUUGCAAAACCAAUGUCACUGAAGAGACAAAGAUUAUUGACAAAAUCACUGCAACACGAGAAAGAUACUCGUAUAUAUGUAAAUUUUAUUUCGCGGGUGUUUUAAUGUUUCAAAUCAUGUGUUAAAUGAUGAAUGGUUCGGGGGGGGGGGGGUCAGUGAAACUUGUACCUUUUAGAAGCAUUCACAAAUAUUUUAGGUAAUCACUGCUGUCGGAUUCAGCACCCUGAAAACUACCACUAUCCGCCAAAAAAACGCAAAUUAUUUUUUGGUUCUUGACCUGGUUUUCUUGUGACACGUCACAUUUACAUGUUUUGUGGAGUAUGUAUUUUAUGUUGAUGAAUGAUAUGUAUCAAAACUAUCAGGCAUAACUUUAUUCAAUGGAAAUGGCAUAAGGCUUUUGACGUAUUGCGGGUUGCAUAUCGGUUUGCUUGAACUUUAUCAAUUUGGUGGGCAUGCUUAUCAGUGAGCAUCAAAAUUUCAUAUUUUGAGCAAUUUUCAGAAGGUAUUUUUGAAAUUUAUAGCUAUUAUUUAGUUUUUCCUUCAAUUUUAAACACUGUUAAACCCUGUGAUGGAAAAAGAUCUGCUCUUUGUCGAGGUUCAGAAACGUUUUUUCAACUUCUUUAAAACUCGACGAAGAGAGGAUCUUUUUCCAUGGGUUUAAUAGUGUUUAAAAUUGAAGAAAAAACUAAAUAAAAGCUAUAAAUUUCAAAAAUACCUUCUGAAAAUUGCUCAAAAUAUGAAAUUUUGAUACUCACUGAUAAGAAUGCCCACCAAAUUGAUGAAGUUCAGGCAAACCGAUAUGCAACCCGCGAUACGUCAAAAGCCUUAUUGAGUAAGGUACACAAUAUGUAUAUGACAAACGCUAGUAUCUAAAGCUCAUAUCGCACCUCGGGAGUAAUAAGGUUACAUCUAAAAAAAAAUCGAUUCUGACAUUUUUGCAUUUUUGGGGUUUGUAUGACCCCCCCCCCCAACCAAAAAUAACAUUUUGAGUUGGGUACAUUAUCUAGAUCUUGUAAAAAACGCAAGUGGCCUAACUCAAAAUCCCAACAACAUUGCAAAGUUGUUUGGAGUUAUAAGCGUACAUCUCAAAAAACUCCACCUUUUUUGAGCAAAUUUUGUACAUACCAAGUGUUAACAAACACUGUUUUGAUUGUUUUGAAUGUAUGUCAAAUAGAAAAAGUCACAAGGUGCAUUUUUUAUUGGUUUGUACCAAAUGGAAAAAAAAUUAAUUGAUCACUUUUCAGAAAAAUGAAUUUGCACAUUAAAAUUAAAUUUUAAUUUUUUGAGGAAAAACUCAAAAACUAAGCACUAGAAAAACAGAACUAGUUGAACGAAAUAUUUCCAACUCUAACCCAACAACUUCCCAGUUUUUACACUGGAAAAAAAAUUAGAGUACUUCAACGUCUAGUCCUAGUCAGUGACUUGAGAGAACUACCUCUUCUUCACCAUGACAUAAAAGUUUUUGCAAUUCAGUUUCAUUUCACACCGUUUUGGUCCUAUUGUGUUUUGCUGUUGUUUGAAAGAAGUUAUAAAGAAAAAUGAAUCCGUGGUGGCAAGCACCCUUGAAACGUUACUUUAGAACCCCUGAUAGUUAGUUUUGACUAAAUAUUCAAAAUACCUUGACCCUUAAAAUAGUGAUGUGUACAACAGUGGAAAACCCCCUCGACUCCCCCAAAUCAAAUAAUAUCCUUUCCGGCAUUCAUUUCUGGAGCCUUUAUCCUCCAUCCAGUAUCUGACACACAUACCAGCUGGUAUGUGUGUCAGGGUCACCUAGGUGACCAAGAAUAAGGGGUUAUCGUUACUGUUGGAAGCGAAAAAAUUCAAUGUGCACAAAAAUUCAUAUAGAGUUUGCAUAUUUUUGCGAGUAAAAAUACACAAUUUUCAUGAAAUAGUUUAAUUUUAAUGAGAAGAGUAGAUAAUUUCAUCUUACUCGAAGAAACGAACGAAUUCAGUACUGGUUUGCUGAUAACGCUUGUUUAUUUCAUUUUCCUUCUCCACCAAAACGCUAACCUCGAUAUAGCUAUUAACUCCCUUCAAAAUUCUAUAAAAACUUGUUCUAACUGGUUUAAAUGCUGGAAGCUAGAACUUAACCCAAACAAAUGUGAAUCUAAAAUCUUUUCUCUUCGUAAAAUUGAUACCAAUAUGAACAUUUAAAUUGAUAAUACCUAUUUACCUUGGAAAAGAGAUUCAAUCAGAUAUUUAGGUAUUCAUCUAGACACAAAAUUAAAUUUUACUGAUCAUAUUGAUAUCAAAUUAAAAACUGCCUAUAAUCGUUUAAAUCUACUGUAUCCACUUCUAAACAAGAGAUCUAAUCUCAGUAUAUCAAAUGGUAAACUACUUUACACAUCCUUGAUUCGUCCUAUCUUAGGUAGCUCUAAAACAAAUUUUAAAAAGCUCAACACAUUUCAAAACAAAAUUCUUCGCAUCGUAACCCACAGCCCAUGGUUUGUCCGCAAUUCACAAAUACCUACACAGAGAAUUAAAUGUAACAGAUCUGUACACUCAUGCUCUAAUUUUAAGUAUGAAUACAUAUUGUAAUAUGUCAAAAUUGUCAAAUUUACGUGAUAUUCUUUUACCAACAAUAAAUAGAAUAUUAAAACCUAAACUAAUACACGACCUAUUAUAAAAAUAUGACGUAAGUUUGUAGUUUGUGAUAGUACUUUGUGUACUGAUACAGUAAAUAUAUAUGAUGAUGAUGA